GCCGCGCACUGGGCGACUGAGGCGACUCCGGCAGCGGGAACAGCGAGGAGGAGCUGGCGGCCGGGUGCUGCGCCCACAGCUGCCCCCACGAUCACGCCCGUCCGGUGGCAGGAGUCCCGCGCCCCGCCCUAGCCUCACCUGGCACAGCCCCACGUGGAGAGGGAAACAUUGGAUUACGGCAGAGGUUCUCGAACAGGAGAGUGCUUGAAAAUUGCCAGAAAAUUGUUUAACAUCCUGACUUGCCAGCUCUGCGCCGCUGUACCUGCGGGCCUGAGCUGGGUUGGGACCCGCCUUUCCAGCGCUGAGCCUGAAGUGCAUGGCGUGAAGUGCCUGGUGUGGUGGACACCUGAGGGGAAGUCGCAGGCAUGGGCGAAAAUGCCAACAACCUGCCCUUCUUCUUCGGCAACAUCACCCGGGAGGAGGCGGAAGAUUACCUGGUCCAGGGGGGCAUGAGCGAUGGGCUCUACCUGCUGCGCCAGAGCCGCAACUACCUGGGCGGCUUCGCCCUGUCGGUGGCGCACGACAGGAAGGCGCAUCACUACACCAUCGAGCGGGAGCUGAACGGCACCUACGCCAUCUCGGGCGGCAGGGCCCACGGCAGCCCUGCCGAGCUCUGCCUCUACCACUCCCAGGAGCUGGAUGGCCUCGUCUGCCUCCUUAAGAAGCCCUUCAACCGGCCGCCGGGGGUGCAGCCCAAGACUGGCCCCUUUGAGGACCUGAAAGAGAACCUCAUCCGGGAAUACGUGAAACAGACAUGGAACCUACAGGGUCAAGCUCUUGAGCAGGCCAUUAUCAGCCAGAAACCUCAGCUGGAGAAGCUGAUUGCCACCACAGCCCAUGAAAAAAUGCCCUGGUUCCAUGGAAAAAUCUCUCGAGAUGAAUCUGAGCAGAUUGUCCUGAUAGGAUCAAAGACAAAUGGAAAGUUUUUGAUCAGGUCCAGGGACAACGGGUCUUACGCCCUGUGCCUGCUGCACGACGGGAAGGUGCUGCACUACCGCAUCGAUAAGGACAAAACGGGGAAGCUCUCCAUCCCCGGUGGGAAGAAUUUCGACACACUCUGGCAGCUCGUCGAGCAUUAUUCUUAUAAGUCAGAUGGUUUGUUAAGAGUUCUUACAGUUCCAUGUCAAAAAAUUGGUGGGCAAGCUGGAAAUAUUAAUUUCCGUCCACAACUUCCAAGUUCCCAUCCUGCGACUUGGUCAGCGGGUGGAAUAAUCUCAAGAAUCAAAUCAUACUCCUUCCCAAAGCCUGGCCACAGAAAGAGCUCCUCAUCGCAAGGGAACCGGCCAGAGAGUUCGGUGACGUUCAACCCUUACGAGCCAGACCGAGGACCCUGGCCCAAUGAAAGAGAAGCCCAGAGAGAAGCCCUGCCCAUGGACACCGAGGUCUACGAAAGCCCCUAUGCAGAUCCCGAGGAGAUCAGGCCCAAAGAGGUCUAUCUGGACCGGAAGCUGCUGACCUUGGAGGAAAAGGAGCUGGGCUCUGGGAACUUUGGGACCGUGAAGAAGGGCUACUACCAGAUGAAAAAGGUCGUGAAGACAGUGGCUGUGAAAAUCCUGAAGAACGAGGCCAAUGACCCAGCUCUUAAAAACGAGCUGUUAGCAGAAGCAAAUGUCAUGCAGCAGCUUGACAACCCUUACAUUGUGCGCAUGAUUGGGAUAUGCGAAGCUGAAUCCUGGAUGCUGGUUAUGGAGAUGGCGGAGCUUGGUCCACUCAACAAAUAUUUACAGCAGAACAGGCAUGUCAAGGAUAAGAACAUCAUAGAGCUGGUCCAUCAGGUGUCUAUGGGAAUGAAAUAUUUGGAAGAGUGCAAUUUUGUGCACAGAGAUCUGGCUGCAAGGAAUGUAUUGCUGGUUACUCAACAUUAUGCCAAGAUCAGUGAUUUUGGACUUUCCAAAGCACUUAGUGCUGAUGAAAACUACUACAAGGCCCAGACCCACGGCAAGUGGCCCGUGAAGUGGUACGCUCCAGAAUGCAUCAACUACUACAAGUUCUCCAGCAAGAGUGACGUCUGGAGCUUCGGCGUGUUAAUGUGGGAAGCGUUUUCCUACGGGCAGAAGCCAUACCGGGGAAUGAAAGGCAGCGAAGUUUCUGCUAUGCUGGAGAAAGGAGAGAGGAUGGGGUGCCCCGCGGGGUGUCCGAGAGAGAUGUACGAGCUGAUGACCCUAUGCUGGACUUAUGACGUGGAGAACAGGCCCGGCUUCGUAGCGGUGGAACUGCGGCUGCGCAAUUACUACUACGACGUGGUUAACUAGCGGCUCCCUCGGCCGUCUGUGGCUGCCUUUGAGCAGAUGCGCAGUCGCGGGAAGACUGCUUCAGGACGUUGAUUUUGCGUCUGCAUCUCCCUCCGCCCGGGAGAGCCAGCUUGGGGGGGCGUGCCCGUGACUGUUGUUCCCCAAAGCCUGUGCUAGAACACGCCCUCCACAAAGCAAACCCGUUCCAGGGGAGCGGUGGGAAGACAGACAGACACCAGGAUCAAAGGGCCGGUGGAUUCCUGUAUGUUUCUUGUCCGAGUGGCAGGUUGUUUGCAGGAUUUGUUUCCAGAUUCCUUUCUGUCUUUCCAGUUCUCGGGCUCCUGAGCUGCAUUUGAACACCCAGCAUCCCCACGAGGUGCUGCGUCCGCUGGCCCAUCUUGGCCGCGAGUUCAGUGGCGGGAGGGUGCCCUUGGCUUGAGAUGCCUGCCGUGGAGGGAAGGAAGGGAGAGAAGGUGUUUGACUGCCUCCAGAACGUGGCUUCUACAGGUCCCAAGACUGAGCCCUGCCACUGAAACACGUUCCCCAAUAAAAAGUGCUUUGAAGCUUACAAAAAAAAAAAAAAAAUGAGGCUAGACCAGUGCAGUCUCUAAGCCUGUAGCCCAAGUAAGGGAAAAUAAAAAGUCUGGAUACUGCUUUUGCUAUAUGUGUUCUGAGGCAGAAGACUCACAUCUAUGUGAAAAAUGGGGCCUGUUGGAAUGAAUCGGCUGGGCUGACUUCCCCCCCAAAAGCCUCUCUGAAGACAGUACUCGACUGGAGGCUAAUUAAGUUCCUUGUGGAGACCCAGCAGGGAAGAGGAUGUCUGUCACCUCAGGUCUGACGGAGGACAAACAGCAAGGCACUUUGGACUGUCAUCUGCUUAGUGUGGUCCAAGUUUCCUCUCCCCUGGAGACGGGCUGCGGCCAGAAUUCCGACUUUUUCUGUAUUCGUAGUGAGGAACAACCUGGUGGCCAAGGCCAUCUAAAGAGGAGUUUCUAAGGCGAGUAAAAGCCACAGAUCCUGACCCUCAUUGAGUGUGACUUUGGGUUGAAGAUGCAAGACCCAAGAAAUUUUACUAGUCUCUAAAUCUUAGUUAAUCCUUGACUAAUGUUUGAUCUUAUACAGGUCCUCAGCCCAUUGAUAUCAGAUUUACUGUAGCCCUUGAAGUUUGAAGAUAAUUAGCCAUCCUUCGUAGGUCAGUCGAGACACAAACUCAGACCAUCUUGUCUUCAAGAGUACCUAGGACAUUUUAAAGUGUGCAGCCAGCCUAUGGCUAGCGGAAGAAGCCCCACUCCUAACAGGGGAGCCAGGCAUCGAGAAAGGCAGCAGUCGGAACCCCAGCUUAGCUAGCAGAAGACAUGCGUCCACUGGUAGACCUUGUGUUAAGAAACUUUUAGAAGCCACUCAUGCUUUUCGGAAUCUUGCCACGUGGUGGUUUAAUCAUCGUGUUAAAGAGAGGAUCCCUGUGUGCUGAGCAGUUACUCAAAACAAUGGCAAUGCACAUUUCGAGUCCCUGAGAUUAUAAAGAUGAGUGGCACAGUCUCUGUGGUCAGGCUGUUUGUAGAAUCAUCAGAGAAAGGGCUGGAUAAAGCAGUGAUGGCAUCUGAGAAAGAGGCCUUCCAUACACUGCUGAACUCCUGGGGUCCUUCUUCUGCUCCCAAAGUGUGUCUGUAGCAGGUCACACACUUACAGGAAUAGGGGACGUGCAUGUCCUAAGUGUGUAGAGCUCUUUCCUUCUUUCCGGCGGGAUUUUCCACACUGUCUAGCAGCUUAACACCCCUCCCAGGAGUCUGGGGAUGAACAUCUAGAAUGUGAGUGGGUAAGAGACGCCCAGCCCAGGAGGCAGCCAGCGCUCCCCUCCGCUCUGUGCUCCGCUUCUCCCCCUGGUGGAGAGAGGCCCGUGUGUAGAAUUCCCACUGUGGCCGCAAGCCCAAGUCUUGUCUAGUGAGAACUGUGUCCUGCGUGAGAGAUAACUCUCCUUUUCCCUGGGGUCACAGAGGAAGGCACGUAGGAAAAGGCACCUCUGUGAAAGAAAGAUUUAUGAUGUAAAUGAAGGAAAUUAAGAAGGUUAGGGAUUCUGCAGGGCUGGGCUUUCACAUGCAUGGGUCUAACCAGUCUUUACCUAGGUCUGGGCUCACUCCGUGUGCCUUCACCUUUUGGUCCGUUUUUAGCAGGAACAGAAGGACAGCACGUCAGAUGCACGGCCCUGGCCAGCACCAAUUGUCUGCUGAUGACACCUUGUCACCUCCGUGGAACCAAAGGUUUUUGUAACAGACACAUAAUUCAUUCUGUGGUUGAAAUAAUUACACGUACUUUUCAUUUGAGGCUGUCCUUUCCCCGCCCUUGCUGAUACCAGCCUUGCCUUUGUCCGUUGCGUGGUGACUUCACGUUUACCCCAGCCCGAUGCCUACAACCCCACCUAGAUUUUUACAUGGGGGCGGUGACCGCCUCCCAAAGAGCACACUCGACCAGUUAAUCUGGGCAUCAUAUUCUCCAUUUGUUUCAGAAGAGCAAUCUUUUGUCACUGGUCUUUUUUUCAACUGUGACUUUUAAUAAAAAUUUUA